UAAUAGCAUGCGAUAUGUCAAAUAGUGCAAACAAGUUGUAAGCUGUCAAACACACACUACUAUAUUAUGAUUUUACAAAGUCAGUGUUAAAACGUCACACCAAAUUAUCACUGUUUCUGUCUCGUUGUGUUAUUAUGAUUAUGAAAAAGUUGGGCUACAUAUUAUCUAAUCCAGUCGUGGUGUUGCUUUAUAGUAGUUGGUCGUAUCGAUCAGCUGAUUUAUGAGAAAUAUGUCGUUGCAAGAUGUUCGAUUUUCGAAUUAUUUUGUGGCCGGAAUUGCUUCGUGGGGUGCAACGGUGUUCACAAAUCCAUUAGAAGUAAUUAAAACACGACUUCAACUUCAGGGUGAACUAAAAAAACUCGAUCCAAAUGCAAGAAUCUAUCGUGGUGUUUUGCACGGGCUCUAUCAAGUUGGUCGAUAUGAUGGAAUGACAGCAUUACAAAAGGGACUGGUUCCAGCAUUUGGUUUUCAAUUUUGUUUGAACUCUGUGCGUUUGGGCGUCUUUGAUACGGCCACAACGUUCGGUUGGACAAAAGAUGCAAAUGGUCAUAUGUCAUUUUGGCGCGGUUAUUUUUGGGGUGGUUUGAGUGGUUCGUUGGGGAGUUGCUUGGGGAGUCCAUUCUUUUUAGUUAAAACGCAAAUGCAGUCAUACGCCGACGUUAAAGUUGCUGUUGGGUUUCAACGAAAACAUGAAGGAAUGAUGGCCGCUUUCAAAAAAAUCUAUGCAGCUCGUGGCAUUGGUGGCCUUUAUCGGGGUGUUAUUGGUAACAUUCCACGUGCAGCUUUAGGCAGCGGUGCUCAACUGGCCACAUUUGAACCUCUCAAAGACUACAUGGCCAGAAAUAAUUUAAGCUUCUCAAAUCCAACCGUAAAUUCAUUCGUUUGUUCAACAGUCGCCGGUUCAACAAUGGCCAUUGCAAUCACGCCGCCUGACACAAUUUUAACAAGACUUUAUAAUCAACCCUUAGACGAUGCGGGCAAAGGAAAAUAUUAUAGUGGCGUCUAUGAUUGUCUCAUUAAAAUGAUCAAAACAGAAGGUUUUGCUGGAUUGUACAAAGGAUUUUUACCAUCAUAUUUACGGAUUGCUCCGCAUUCCACAUUAGUUUUACUCUUUUACGAUGAAUCGAAAGCAUUGCGCGACAAAUUCCAACCCAAUUGAAUGAAUUAAUUUGUUUUUAAAUCAAUUGUAAAUAGAAAAAAAUAACAAUUACGUUGCAGUACAAGCCGGACACACAGUCGAUAUGUGUGCCUGUAAAAUAUUCAUUUUAUUGUUUUUGAUUAUGUAAAAUCAUGUAUAUAAAUGUUUUAAAUUUAAUUAAUAUAAAUAUAAAUUAAUAACGGACAUUUUCGAUAUGAAAUAAAUGUAUUGUGAAUGGGUUUAGUCUUCAGAA